UGCAGCAGGACGGCCCGCCGGCGGCUCGGGGCCGCGCGCCGGGAACCUCGCGGGGCGGGCGGGCGCGACACUCCCUGCCUGGCCGCCAGCUCCCCGGGGAGGCGGCCCGCGCGCGACGGGACCAGCAGCAUGAGCAGCGGCUACAGCAGCCUGGAGGAGGACGCCGAGGACUUCUUCUUCACCGCCAGGACCUCCUUCUUCAGGAGAGCGCCCCAGGGCAAGCCCCGCGCCGGCCAGCAGGAUGUGGAGAAAGAUAAGGAAACCCACAAUUACCUCAGCAAAGAGGAAAUCAAAGAGAAAGUUCAUAAAUACAACUUAGCGGUCACAGACAAGUUGAAGAUGACCUUGAAUUCAAAUGGGAUUUACACUGACUUCAUUAAAGUACAGAUGGAACUCUGCAAACCUUCACAGACUUCUGGAAAACUUGCUCCCAGUAGCAAUGGCUGUAUGAAUACACUCCACAUCAGCAGCACAAACACUGUCGGGGAAGUGAUCGAGGCCCUGCUCAAGAAGUUUCUUGUGACCGAGAGCCCUACCAAGUUUGCACUUUAUAAGCGUUGUCACAGGGAAGAUCAAGUCUACGCCUGCAAGCUCUCAGACCGGGAACAUCCACUCUUUCUGCGUUUGGUAGCAGGGCCCAGGACAGACACACUCAGUUUUGUUCUCCGUGAACAUGAAUUUGGAGAGUGGGAAGCCUUCAGCCUGCCAGAGCUACAGAAUUUCUUGCGGAUCUUGGAUAAGGAAGAAGAUGAGCAGCUACAGAACCUGAAGGAGCGCUACGCGGCCUACAGACACAAGCUGGAAGAAGCCCUCAGCGAGGCCUGGAAACCCGGGUAAAGCGUGGGGCUCCCUGCCCCUUGGGGACAGUGCGGGACCUGCGUGCAAACCAGCAGCCAGUGUGUCUCUUGUCGGAGGGCGGUUUUCUUGCCCCAUGAUGCUAGGGCCUCUCCCCUUUAAAAAUCUCUAGAUCUAGUUCCCCAAACCGGUCACGCAGCAUCCUGCACCUUGGGCAUCCUCUGUAAGGGAUUCUGCAAGCUUGUUCUGUUAAGGCACUGCGGUGUUACCUCUUGGCAAGCUGUGAACCUGUAGUCUCAUCUGGAGCAUUCUAGAGUGUUUUGAAGCAUGGACUCUGGGGUUUUUUUCCCCUUUUCUCUUAUUUUGUUUUAGUUAUUUUAAUUAUGUGAUGAUGAUGUUAAGCUUAAGGUUGUGCAAAUGAUUUUUUAAAAGCUUAACGAGGAAUCUAUCUGAAUAC